UCCCCUAAAAUUCGAAUUCCCCUCCCGACGCCAUUUCCACUAUUCACCAAAAUCACGAGAGGAAUUUAUCCAUUUUUGCGCCGAAAUGCUGUUUGUUGUUUGCGAUUGUUGUACCCAUUUCAUCUUCUUCAAUCUUCCAUCUGUUUUUUCUGUUCUAAUUUCCACCCAAAUGCAAAUUUCUCGCGGUUCGUUUCGUCUUCCAUGAAUUUCCCUUCGUCUUCUGUUGAAUUUCCCCCCAAUCAAGGCAUUUUCACCUUUUCCCCUGUUUGUAUUCUCUGUAUUUUUUAGGAACCAUUUAGUUUUUCGUUUUGCCUCAUGGAACAAAGAAUUGUUGUAUUGAGCCCUAAUGCGAUUACUACGCAUUUCGCGCCGUUGUUUGUUAAUAGGCGAUGCCGAGAAGAAGCUUGGCGAUGAAUUUGGGAUCAAUCUCUCGGACUUUUUCUAAACGUAAUUGCAGAGUUAAGUUUGUGGGUUGCAACAGCAUAUGUGCUUGGAUUAAUCUUUGCUGGACAUGUCGUUGAAGUUGCACCAUAUUGAUCUAAAGGGUGGUUCAGGUACCCAGAAAAGGCUGAAUGAUAUCUCAGCUCAGUCCACAAAUAAGUACUGUGCAGAUUGUGGAUCUCCAGACCCAAAAUGGGUAUCGUUGAGUUUUGGGGCAUUUAUUUGCAUCAAGUGCUCUGGAGUACACCGGAGCCUUGGAGUGCACAUAUCCAAGGUUCUUUCAGUGAAGUUAGAUGAUUGGACAGAUGAACAAGUUGAGGCUUUGAUGAGUGCUGGUGGAAAUACUGCUGUAAACAAGAAGUAUGAAGUUUACAUCCCAAAAGGCAACAGAAAACCUAAGCCAGAUUCCUCCAUAGAGGAUCGUCUAGAUUUUAUAAGGAAAAAAUAUCAGCUGCUGCAAUUUGCAAGCUUUGAUGACCAGUUUUUCUGUGCUUUUCCACCCACGGAGAAGAGAACUGUGUCAUUCUCCAAUACCACUUCGAAGGACAAUGGAAACCAAGAAAAGCGAAAUAAUGAUAAACAACCAACAAAAAGUCGAAUUGGAAAUGCAUUCCGGAAUAGCUGGGGAAGAAAAGAUUCUGAACGUAGGAGCUGCAAGAAGGGAAAUUCAUUGGUGUUAAGCAAUUCAAUGGCAGGUAUGGUUGAAUUCGUUGGUUUAGUUAAGGUGAACGUGGUUAGAGGAACCAAUUUAGCUGUGAGGGACGUCAUCACGAGCGAUCCGUAUGUAAUUCUCUCGUUGGGGAAUCAAUCAGUGAAGACUCGUGUUAUAAAGAGCAGUUUGAACCCAGUCUGGAAUGAAAGCCUAAUGUUGUCUAUUCCAGAUUUCGUUCCUCCAUUAAGGGUGCUUGUAUAUGACAAAGAUACGUUUUCAACCGAUGAUUUCAUGGGUGAAGCAGAAAUUGAUAUCCAUCCGCUGCUCUCCGCAGCCCAAGCUUGUGAGAAGUCCACAGCCUGUGAACCCAUGCAGCUAGCAAAUUGGGUUGCAGGCAAGGAGAACACUCUUGCAAAGGAUGGCAUCAUCAGUCUUGUGGAUGGGAAGCUACGACAAGACGUCUCCUUGAAGCUGCAGAACGUCGAGAGGGGCGUGCUGGAUAUGGAGCUUGAAUGUCUUCCCCUUUCUCAGUAGCUGUUCAUUCCUCCAUCAUCCUAAACUCCUAUCAAACCUGACAUUAGGUAACUAUUGACCAAUCUGAACAUAACUUAACUCGUAAAGACAUAUUCUCGAUCAAAUCGUCAGAACUUUGAUUCUUCCAUCUCGCUCAUUUUGAACUUGAAAAAGUAUUAGGAAACCAUAGAUAGAGCUCGUUUUGGAGAUCACGUCAAAUCAAUGUACAAACGAACGACCUGUGUUGAAGAACUAUUGUCUCUGCUACAAUAUCCUUAGAGCAUGUAUUCUCAUUAACAUUAACCCCUUGUAAUGUUUCUGUAAAGUGUAUUCUAUGUGGUGUUGAGGAACAUUCUACAGUUUGUUAAUAUGAUGGAAAGGAGCAAGAACUUGGCCUUUUCUUGUA